AUGACGACAAUCUCAAAAGAUGCUCAGCAGAGCUCAUAUCCUCCGAUAGCUCCUCCAGACUUUAAUUCACACCAGCCAAAGACAGUCAGACUAUACCCAUUGAGCAACUACACAUUCGGCACGAAAGAGACACAACCGGAAGAAGAUCCGUCAGUACUCGCUCGUCUGAAGCGCUUGGAAGAGCACUACGACGAAUACGGCAUGAGAAGAACCUGUGAGGGCAUUCUUGUCUGCCACGACCACAAUCACCCACACGUCCUCAUGCUGCAAAUCGCAAACGCCUUUUUCAAGCUGCCCGGAGACUACCUUCCACACGACGCCGACGAGAUCUCAGGCUUCAAGACCCGUCUGAACGAGAGAUUGGCUCCUUCUGGUAACCAAUUCUCAAACGACGGCAACGAGGGUGAAUGGGAGAUUGGCGAGACUUUGGCGCAAUGGUGGAGACCGAACUUCGAGACCUUCAUGUACCCUUUCAUCCCGCCGCACGUCUCUCGUCCGAAAGAAUGCAAGAAGCUGUACUUCAUCCAGCUUCCCAGUAGCAAGGUCCUGAGUGUCCCCAAGAACAUGAAGCUACUCGCGGUUCCACUGUUCGAGCUCUACGAUAAUGCCCAGCGUUACGGUCCCCAGCUUUCGGCCAUACCUCAUCUGCUAUCCCGCUACAACUUCGAAUUCGUCGACGAGCAAGGGAAGGUCUCAGCUGUCACCCCCGGAGGCAACCCCAACGAGGGCAGUGUACCCAGAACAAAGGUCCUUGCAGGCGGCGAUGAAUCCAUGCAACAAGAAAAUGGAGCCCAGCAAGACUUGAAAAUGGACAACACUCAGGCAUAA